AUGGUGAAGAAGGGGAAGUGGUCCAGGGAAGAGGAUGACUUGUUGAAAAAACACAUUGACAAGUAUGGCAUUGGCCGUAGUUGGCAGGCAUUGGCUGAAACCCUAGGGCUUCAGCGUUGCGGUCGGGGUUGCCGAGCGCGGUGGCUGAACUACCUCCGGCCGGGACUGAAGCACGGCAACUUCACGCCGGCAGAGGAGAGCAUCAUCUGUGAGAUGUACAGCAAGAGGGGAAGCUGCUGGUCCGUCAUCGCCGCCCAGCUCCCCGGGAGGACGGACCUCGCCGUCAAGAACUACUGGAACGGCACCAUCUCCAAGAGGUUCCACUGGGCGAGCAGCGCGGCGGCCGCGCGCCGCAGGCGCAGCGACCACCGCCCCUCCUCCAGCACGACGUCGGACGCCACCAAGCCGGAGGAGCUCGCGCUGGUCGUCCACGGCGAGGGGAGCUCCACGACAGGAUCGUCAUGCUAUGCCGGCGGCUUCGUGGACGCCCGCGUCCUGGCCGGCUCACUGCCGCUCGUGCAAGCGCAGCCACCGCUGGCGGCCGGCGGCUGGAAAGCGGCGAAAGAAGAGGUCGGUGAGACGGUGCCGAUUGAGAGGAAGCCGGCCGUGGCGCCUGCGCCUCUGCCAGAGAAUGCACCGGCGCUGCCUGGUGAUGAGGCCGGUGCGGUGGACAUGGUCUGCGCCCCCAUGACUGCGAUCCCCCUGGCGUCCAUGGAGCCGGACGACAUGCCUUGGAUUGACGGUUUCGACGAGAUCGACAGCUUCCUGCCCUGGUUCGAUGACUAG